GUUAGGCAUUGCACUUACACAUAUAAGUAAGCAAAACAACACAACUAGAUUGCUCACGUGUGGUGUGUUUCCUUACUCACUUCCUUCUACUUCUUCGAUUCGAUUGCAUUCACAUUCACAUCCAAUUCAAUUUUCCCCAAUCUUCUUCUUCUUCAAAACCCUAACCCUAAUUCAUCCAUGGACGCUCUCAAUUCCAAUCCUCCAUGCGAUCUCCCUCCCCACAACACCACCACAUCAGACUACAACAACCAAUCCCAAACCCUAAUUCCCGAAAACGGCAUCAACAACGGAAACCAAUCCCAUAACGGUCAAACCACUAUCACCGUCACAGAUAACAACGAUUCACGUCCACAUAUUCACAAUCCCCUUCUCUCCGACAAUGGUUUAACUGCCAAUACCCGAAGCGGAACUGAUAAGGAUCAAUCAGGUGGUGAAGAAGAGACAACGAGCAAACGACGUCGUCGUAGUCGGUGGGAUCCACAGCCAGAUUCAAACGAUCAGACUAGCGGCGAAACGGGCGGGACGAAGAAAAGGAAAUCUCGUUGGGCUGAUGAUGAACCGAAACCGGUAAUUCAACUUCCUGAUUUUAUGGGUGGUAUUGAAUUUGAUCCUGAAAUUCAAGCUUUGAAUAGUAGAUUACUUGAAAUUAGUAGAAUGUUGCAAUCUGGUUUACCUUUAGAUGAUCGUCCUGAAGGUGCUAGAUCUCCUUCACCUGAACCUAUAUAUGAUAAUAUGGGUAUUAGAAUUAAUACUAGAGAGUAUCGUGCUCGCGAGAGAUUGCAGAAAGAAAGACAAGAAAUUAUAUCUCAGAUUAUUAAGAAAAACCCGGCUUUUAAGCCUCCUGCUGAUUAUAGACCACCAAAGCUUCAGAAGAAGCUUUAUAUACCGAUGAAAGAAUAUCCGGGUUAUAAUUUCAUUGGGCUUAUUAUUGGUCCUAGGGGUAAUACUCAGAAACGGAUGGAGAAGGAGACUGGCGCUAAGAUUGUGAUUCGAGGUAAAGGGUCGGUGAAAGAAGGUAGGUUGCAACAGAAGAGGGAUUUGAAGCCUGAUCCUUCGGAGAAUGAAGAUUUGCAUGUUUUGGUUGAGGCGGAUACGGCUGAUGCGCUUGAAGCUGCUGCUGGUAUGGUUGAGAAGCUCUUGCAGCCUGUGGAUGAGGUUUUGAAUGAGCAUAAGAGGCAACAGCUUAGGGAACUUGCUGCUUUGAAUGGGACAAUUAGGGAUGAGGAGUAUUGUAGGUUGUGUGGCGAACCUGGUCAUCGCCAAUAUGCUUGUCCUACGAGGACUUCAACAUUUAAGAGUGAAGUUGUUUGUAAGCAUUGUGGGGAUGGUGGUCAUCCUAGCAUAGAUUGUCCGGUGAAGGGUGCUACAGGGAAGAAGAUGGAUGAUGAGUAUCAGAAUUUUCUGGCUGAGUUGGGCGGUACAGUUCCUGAAUCUGCAAUAAAGCAAACUAGUACUUUGGCAAUUGGGUCGGGCAAUUCUGGAAGCAAUCCUCCUUGGGCUAACAAUUCUAGUCCGAGUACUCCAACACCUGGGUUAGGGGCUGGUGCAGCUAAAAAGGAAAUUGAUGAUACAAAUUUGUACAUUGGGUAUCUGCCACCCACUCUUGAGGAUGAUGGCCUGAUCCAAUUGUUUCAACAAUUUGGUGAGAUUGUUAUGGCUAAAGUCAUUAAAGAUCGUAUGACAGGAUUGAGUAAAGGAUACGGGUUUGUGAAGUAUGCUGAUAUCACAAUGGCAAACAAUGCAAUUGUCGCCAUGAAUGGUUAUCGCCUUGACGGUCGAACCAUUGCAGUGAGAGUAGCUGGUAAGCCUCCUCAGCCUGUUGUACCUCCUGGCCCACCAGCAUCGGCUGUGCCCACUUAUCCUGUUCAAAGCCAGCCACUUGGUGCCUAUCCAUCCCAACAAUAUACUGGCGGUGGUCCCCUUGGGAGUGCUCCUCCUGGGAGUUAUGGCGGUACCCCAGUUCCGUGGGGACCUCCUAUGCCUCCUCCAUACAAUCCUUAUGCUCCUCCUCCACCUGGGUCAACUAUGUAUCCUCCUAUGCAUGGUCAACCCAUGCCUCCUUAUGGUGUUCAAUAUCCUCCCAUGCCAACAGGCCCCCCUGGUGCCACGUCCCAGCCAGCGGCUUCUGGUGAAAUGCAGCAGAAUUACCCUCCUGGAGUGCAGUCUGAUAAUAAUACAUCUACUCAGUCUCUACCGACCAACAUGUAUGGGAGCACAAUACCUUCAAUGCCACCUGCAGCUCCUCCAUCAUAUCCUGCAUCUUAUGGAUAUCCUCCUCCACCUUACUACAAUGCAGUUCCUCCACCACCUCCCCCUCCUACUUCAGACCAACCCAGCAUUGCUAAUGCGCCUUGGGCCAGUAAUCAUUCGGUACCACCUCCUCCUUCAUCUGCAGAUCAAUCCCAAAGCAUUGGAAAUGCACCUAUGCCUCCUAACUCAUCGGCGGAGAAGACAUCAUAUGGAGCUGAUUCAGAGUAUGAGAAGUUCAUGGCAGAGAUGAAAUGAUUUAGGCCAUUUUUGUCAUUCUUUGAUGUUCCAAAAGGCCUGAUGUUUCUUGGAGCACUUGUGAACCUGAUUUCUUAACCUCUUGCCAUGUCUUUCUUGGAAGUUUGGGACUCACUUCUUUAACCUUGCUGUACUGUUAUGAAAUUUGCAGAGAAUUCGGGCUGGAAGUUGAGAAGCAAUCUUCAUAUAGCUGGAUGCAACAUCAAAAGUUUAUUUUUGUUAUGAUGAUUAUUAAUAUUUUCUGUUGUGUAGGACAUAAUACUUUCUGCAUUAUUUUCUGUGGUAUUUUGUUGAUUCACACCGUAAUGUCUGGUUGCUAAUGUUUGUUUUGAAAGCUUGUUUGAACUUUAUGGCAGCUGGGUACCUAGUGUUUUUUGUUUAUGAUCUUCUAUAGUUCUAUUGUUACUUUCAGUUGAUUUUGUUCAUUCAGAACUGAUUCUAACUUAUUGUUUUGGUGAUGAGAUUAAAUCUUUUUGUUUGAGGACUAA